GACCCAGGUUGGAGGUAAACCAACCUGGGGAGAGAGGGAGGAGGCGGCGUGGCAGGUUCUGACAUGCAGCGAGGAAGGAGGGCUCGGCCCCCUCAGCCUCCUUGUCUGCUACUGGGGCAGAGAGCCGCCCGUCAACGCCGUCGCCUGGCAACGGGGGCGGGCUGCUCCCGAGGAAAAUCCACGCCGGAGACCAGAAAGGUGCUGGCAAGACCUUCAUCCCUUCUGGCCAUUUAGAGAACUGUGCCGGGCGCGAGCAGACAUGGGCAACAGCAGGAGCCAGGCGGGAACGAGUUUUUGUUCACACUUUCUUCCCGAGGAGCAGGCCGAGAUCGAUAGAUUGUUUGAGGCUCUGUCGUCGGAGACGCAGCACCCGAACACCUCUCCCAGUUCCUUCUCUCUGGAGGCCCUGAAGAGCCACAUAGGGGAAGCCCUUCCCCCGGAGAUGGUGACAAGGCUGUAUGACGGCAUGCGGGGACUCGACCUGCCGGGGAAGGCGAAGGGGCCCAGCGAGAGUGUCUCCCAGGAGCAGUUUACGGCGUCCAUGUCCCACUUGCUCAAGGGGAGCUUCAAAGAGAAGAGUCUUGUGAUCAUGAAAAUGAUUUCUGCCACAGAAGGUCCCGUGAAAGCGAGCGAAGUCCAGCAGUUCACAGAGGAUCUGGUUGGCUCCGUGGUGCACGUGCUAAGCUACAGACAGGAGCUGAGAGGCUGGACCCAGAAGAGAGGCCCGGGCCCCCCCCCCAGCGUGCAGGCACUGGCCGCCCAGCUCUUCUCUGAGAUGGAACUCCGAGGCGCCGAGAAGCUUCCGGGGCCUCCGCAGCUGGACUGUGACUAUGACCGAGCCGCGGUCGAGGACUGGGUGUUCCGGACCCCCCACGUGGCCACGUUCCUGAGCGUGGUCGUCCACAGAGGCUUUCUCCUCCUGUGCACGCCCCUCGAUCUGGCCACCCUGGUCCCUGAGUGUCACGUGGACCAGGAGAGGGGGUUCGAGAGCCUCCUGGACGUGCCGUCGGUCAUCUACGUCAACGCCCAGCUGCCCCGGGAGCGGCGGCACCGCUGGCGCCUGCUCUUCUCCUCGGAGCUCCACGGGCACAGCUUUGCCCAGCUCUGUGGGCGCGUCACCCACCAGGGUCCCUGCGUGCUGCUGCUUGAGGACCACGACGGCCACAUGUUCGGAGGGUUUGCCUCCUGCUCCUGGGAGGUCAAGCCUCAAUUUCAAGGGGAUGACACGUGCUUCCUGUUCUCCACCUCCCCCCGCAUGGCCGUGUACACCUCCACGGGCUACAACAACCACUACAUGUACCUGAAUCACGGGCAGCAGACCAUCCCCAACGGCCUGGGCAUGGGGGGGCAGCACAAUUACUUUGGGCUGUGGAUUGAUGUCGAUUUCGGGAAGGGACACAGCAAGGCCAAGCCCAAGUGCACCACGUACAACAGCCCCCAGCUGUCCGCCCAGGAGGACUUCCGGUUUGAGAAGCUGGAGGUGUGGGCCGUGGGCGACGCCCCGGACUGGGAGCAGGCCAAGAGCAGCAAGAGCGUCCUGGACGCGGACCCCGAGGCCCAGGCCCUGCUCGAGAUCAGCGGGCACACUCGCCACAGCCACGGGCUCCGGGAGCCCCCGGAGGAUGAGUGAGGGGGGCCCCAGGCUGGAUCCCGACCCGCCGGACGGAGCACAGCCUGCAGACCCCUCCCCAUCUCGCACGUGUUCGACUUCGGCACCGAGCCGUGCUUAAUCGGAACUCAGUAAAGUUCUCUGAUGUCCUAUACUGACUGGUUGCUGCGUCUCCCGGAAAUCCUGAGUCUGUUAGCAACGUGAUCCUCUGUUCCGUUCCUUUCCUGUCGAGAUCCGAAGCCCCAGACGCCGAGGCCUCCGCCAGAGUGAGCGUCCGACGGGCACGUGCCUCCCCGCCGUGCAGGACAGGCCCCCGUGCUGGGGUCACCCUGCCUCUGCUCUCCGGCCGCUGCGCUUGAGACCGUGCCUCAAGGUUCCAUUCCAGCCGGGAAAGGGCAGAGGCAUUGGGCUGCGGGUCUCAACGCUUUUGGGGAGCAGCUCCCCGUGACGUGAGAUUUCUGUUUAUAAAAGAGCACAAAUCCUGUACUAACGGGGGGAAGAGCUGGGGGUCGCGGUGAGGUGGGUCCUCAGUAGUUGGUCCUAAGGUUCCACGCCGCCCUCCCACCUGUGCCGUGAUCGCUGUGAAGCCGUCGUUCUGUUACAAUGUAAACGUGGGGCGGUGGGGGCCCCGACGUGUCCCUUCCAAUAAACUGGUGGUGAGUCACUCACUGGACAGAA